UCGGACAGCCCUUCGCAAGGGAAAAAAAUAGAAAAAAAUAGAGGGAAAAAAAAUCGGUGAAUCCAAGGGGUUCGGGCGGAUUUGGACGAAGUUUCCGAACUGUCCCGGCCCGGAGGAGCCCUGGGGGUUGAAAGGGAAUCGCCAGCACCGGUACUUGGGUGCCCAAAUGAAUACAGUACAGUCCAAGUGAGUGAAUAAACCUUCAGGCCACAUGAGAAACAAAUAAUGGAAGAUUCCCAUUUCAACUCAUCAUACUUUUGGUCUCCCGUUCCAACAGUACAAGGACAGAUCGAGAACGCCAUGUUUCUGAAUAAGAUGAAAGAGCAGCUGGGGCCGGACAAGGGCGCUGCUUUUCCACAUUCGUCCGCGGCGCACUACCCCACGGCGGUCCUGACGGUGCCGAGCUCGGUCGCAAUGGACACCGGAUCCGUAGGGAGGGUGCCGAAACAGGAGGGUGGAGGAGGAGCGAGUGGGACAGCAGGGGCACAAAUAUCUGGCUUGGGAGCACACCUGCACCCACCUCACACAUCCCAGAACAUCACGGUGGUGCCCGUCCCGUCUACUGGCAUCAUGACGGCAGCAGGGUUAGUGAUCACGACUCCUCAAGGGGCACUGGUCACCCCCCCUGCCUCCUCUCAGUCUUUUGUUUCUGGACCAUCCACAACAACCAUGAUUGUGUCCGCUUUACACCCAACGAACACAGAGGCUGUCCGGCCCUCUUCCCUCUAUCUCCACAGCCACUACAAGAAAGAGGACGGCAGUAUUCAACCCGCCGUAGUUAUGCCACUUCCCUCAAAGCGGGGUAGAAAGAAGAAGUCCAUGAUGCCAAGGGCAGGUCCUGUUUCAGCCCAUGCACUCGCCACAGGAAGUGAUGCGCUAAUUCUUGCACACCUGGCUGCUGGGGGACAGCACAACACGAGUGACCCAUAUGACCUUUCCAAUGAUGAGGAUGAUCAUCCAGGCAAAGAUGGGAACAAGUCAUACAAGUGCCGGAUGUGUGCAGUGACGUUCUUCAACAAGUCAGACAUGCAGAUUCAUGCCAAGUCGCACACGGAGGCGAAGCCGCACAAGUGUCCUCACUGCUCCAAGUCCUUCGCCAACUCCAGCUACCUGUCCCAGCACAUCCGCAUCCACAGCGGCGCCAAACCCUACACCUGCUCCUACUGCCAGAAAACCUUCAGACAGCUCAGCCACCUGCAGCAGCAUACACGAAACCACACAGAGGGCAAACCGCACAAGUGUCCUCACUGCUCCAAAUCGUUUGCCAACUCCAGCUACCUGUCCCAGCACAUCCGCAUCCACAGCGGCGCCAAACCCUACACCUGCUCCUACUGCCAGAAAACCUUCAGACAGCUCAGUCACUUACAGCAGCAUAACAGGAUUCAUACUGGUGAUCGGCCAUACAAGUGUUCCCAUCCCGGCUGUGAGAAAGCUUUUACCCAACUAUCCAACCUCCAGUCUCAUCGAAGACAGCACAACAAGGACAAGCCAUACAAAUGUCACAAUUGCAACCGCGGCUACACCGAUGCGACCAGCUUAGAGGUUCACUUGUCUACACAUACCGUGAAACACGCCAAACUCUUCUCCUGUGGCCUCUGCAACCGCUCAUACACAUCUGAGACGUACCUGAUGAAACACAUGCGAAAACACAACCCAGACCCUCUGACGGUGGCAGCCGCAGUAGCUGCCCAGCAAGCCCAGCAGGGCCAGAAUCCGGCUCAGCCGUCGGGCACGGGAAGCGGCAGGGGUCGUGGGCGAGGCCGGGGGGCCGGAGCGGGAUCAGCAGCGCAAGCACGGAACCAGCCCAACCCCAACCCACCAACCAGUUACUCUGUUACAGAGGGAAUACCCUGCCCUUUCGACCUGCAUCAGUACAAGACCGUGUCGGCUGGAGAGAUCCAGUACAAACCGGUCACCGUGGCCGACCUGACGGGCCACAAAGACCUCUGCCUCACCGUCUCCACCUCUGCCAUCCAGGUGGAGCACAUGAACUCGUAGAGGAACUUGAGGAGAAUGAGAGGGAGGAGGUGGGGUGAGGAGAAACGGACCAUGAAUUGGAUAGGAAAUAAAACACUGCCUUGAGAUAGAGGAGGAUUUCCAAAUACAGACUGGCAGGAGGAGAGGACAGGUUUGCAGAUUGAGAAGAAAAUGAGAGAUGGAGGAGCACAUCAACUCUUAAUGAGUUGUUGUCUUUCUUUAGACUUGCUCUGCAGUGUCACAAAAAAGGCCUUAAACUGUCAAGGUGGCUAUUUUCAGUUAACAGCUGUUGAAAUAUUGAAAUAUACAAUAUUGGCCAAUAUGGAUUGUAUUGUAGUGUUCACAGUUCACCCAAAAAUGAAACUUUUGUCAUCAUUUAUUCUCCCUCAGGUUGUUCCAGACCUGCAUGUUGAACACCAAAGAUAAUAUUUUGAAGAGUGUCAAUAUAAUUUCAUAAUUCCUAUUGAAAAACUACAUUACCAAUGAUUCUGAAAAGACAUUUCCACCAAUCUGUGCAAAUCACUAAAUGGUAUAAGCUGUAAAGUAUUCAGUUUAGCACUUUCGUCCCAUUUUAAGAUACUUUUUUGCUUCAAAUCAAGGUUUCUAAUGCCGUGAUUUACCAUGUCGCUGCUUGGUUUGCUUCAUGGCUUAUAACACUUUAACAAAGACUUGUUAGAAUCCCCAUGGAAAGAAUAAAUGGGAAAAAUCCUUUCAGCCAAGACCAUUGAAAAUGUGGGCAGAAACCAUGGUUUAAAAAAUGGUACAUCUUAAAUUUGGCAGUCUGAAAUGGAGAUCUGUGAACUUCCCUCAGAAUUUCUGACAAUGUCAUAAUCGACUAAUUUAAUUCCCCAUAAAUACAUCACCCUCAGUUUUGAGAACAUAUUUUAACAUCGCAGUAAUUUUAUUCAACAUCAUCUUUAUGCCAUCUUGAACUGGUUUUGAUGUAGAGGUCACAAUGAAUAAAAUUGAUGGUUAGCAAUUUGCACAUGAUACUUAUAAAUUAUUUGAUUUCAGACAUUUUAUUUCUCUACAUGGCACAUUUCUUUAUCACUACUAAGAGGAACCGAUAAAAUGAAAACAAAGGAUAAUUUUGUUGCAGGAAUUGUGCAAGACUGACUGAAAAUUGACAAUAGCUUUAUUAAUGGGUGAUUAAGGUUAUCAAUGCCAGCAAACAAAGACUCGUGCUUAUAUCAAGCUUUGAAAACCCGCAUGUUUACUUUCUUUUCUAAGUAAUACAUGUUACAAAUGCUGGUAACCAAGAAAAUAUGGACAAAUACAACAAAGUAUCUCAUAAAAAAAUGAAUUGUACAGAACUGCAACUAGUUUUCAUCACAAAGCAUUUCACAGAUAUCUGCAGGUUUACAGUAAUAGUUCUCCCAAAUGAAGUUUGUAAGCUCUUGUGAAGUUUUGAUGCCUUUUAUGACACUGCUUGGCAGGCCUGCUGAUUGACAUUUCAAGCAAAUGUGCAACUGGUUUGUCACUACCAGCCGAGAGCUGUUGGAAAGAUGUGGAGAAGAAUGCACUAAAGGGAGAAGGAUAAACAGAAGAUCAUGGUUUAUGGAAGAUGGCACUUAAAUGAACUUUUUUUAUUCAUUGUUUCCGUUUUGUCAUUACAUUUUAGCCAUUUAUCAUAUGUUUUUUUCUGUUGUCCUUGUGUAUGUAUGUUUGUAUGUGUUUGAGUGAGCGAAGGGUUGGUUGAAAGCAUGUAAGAGAACAUUUAAAGGAGAUGAAUGUGUGAAAACCUCUCUAAAAUUCAGUUUUUUUUUUAAACUGAAAAGUUUAGUCAUUUCAUAUUUUCUUGACCCUCUCCACAGUUUUUUUUUUUUUUUUUUUUUUUUCAGAAAAGGAAGGGAGGGGGGGAAAUUACAGACGACAGUUUGGUUACCAGGUACUAUUUAGUAGUGUUUUUUAAAAAAAACCUUUAAUACCAGUUAUAUUAACUUUGUUUUUUUUAUGCAAUUAUUAUCACUAUUAUUAUCCAUUGGGAGUUACUCUGUGUGUGUGUGUGUCUGUAUAUAUAUAUAUAUAUAUAUGGCCUGUUCACUCAUAAAGGGAAUGAUUGUCUUUCUGGUCCAGCUGAAAUAUGAUUUUUUAAAAUAUAUUAAAGGCAACAUUAGAGAUCAGAGUAUGGGAUGUUAAGACAUUGCUAAACCAUCCAAUCGCUGACCUACAUGAUGCCAUCUGUGUCCAGCAAGCAUCCAAGUGAUUGGCUGAUCCUCCAUGUAUAAUCCUUGUUGUAUCCAUAUAUGUAUUUGGAAAAUAACACGGUUCUCAAUAUUAUUAUCAAUGUUACUUCUGUCACUCUUAAUACUUAUUAACUACUCUUUAAGAUGACUUUGCUGUAUAGAUCAACACUCAUUCAUCUUGACGUAACGGUUUCUCCUAAUAUGAUCAAUAAAAAAUGAUAAACAUA